CCCGCCCUCUGGCCUGGGCGCCCCAGCCGCGCGCGCCGCCCCGGCAGCUAGCCUUGAGGUUCGAGCGUAGACCGCAGCGCAGCGCACCCGGAGCCGGAGCCUUAGCGGGAGGUGCAUCCGAAGCCGGGCAGUUCGGAGCCCGCGAGCGAUGAUGUCAACCUACAAGCGGGCCACGCUGGACGAAGAGGAUCUGGUGGACUCACUCUCCGAGGGCGAUGUGUACCCCAAUGGCCUACAGGUGAACUUCCGCAGCCCCCGGAGUGGCCAGAGGUGCUGGGCAGCUCGGACCUCGGUGGAGAAGCGGCUGGUAGUGCUGGUGGCGCUUUUGGCGGCGGGGCUGGUGGCCUGCUUGGCAGCCCUGGGCAUCCAGUACCGGACAAGAACACCUCCGGUAUGUCUGACCGAGGCCUGUGUCUCAGUGACCAGCUCCAUCCUGAACUCCAUGGACCCCUCAGUAGACCCCUGCCAGGACUUCUUCAGCUAUGCCUGUGGUGGCUGGAUCAAGGCCAACCCCGUGCCUGAUGGCCACUCCCGCUGGGGGACCUUCAGCAACCUCUGGGAACACAAUCAAGCCAUCAUCAAGCAUCUGCUGGAAAAUGCCACGGCGAGCGCGAGUGAGGCAGAGAGAAAAGCCCAAGUGUACUACCGUGCGUGCAUGAACGAAACUAGGAUCGAGGAGCUUCGGGCCAAGCCCCUGAUGGAGCUGAUUGAGAAGCUCGGAGGCUGGAAUAUCACAGGACCCUGGGCCAAGGACAACUUCCAAGACACGCUGCAGGUGGUCACUGCUCACUACCGCACCUCACCCUUCUUCUCUGUCUACGUCAGCGCGGACUCCAAGAACUCCAACAGCAAUGUGAUCCAGGUGGACCAGUCCGGCCUUGGCUUGCCCUCCAGAGACUAUUACCUGAACAAGACAGAAAAUGAGAAGGUCCUGACAGGAUAUCUGAACUACAUGGUCCAGCUGGGGAAGCUGCUGGGCGGUGGGGACGAGGACUCCAUCCGGCCCCAGAUGCAGCAGAUCCUGGAUUUUGAGACCGCGCUGGCCAACAUCACCAUUCCCCAGGAGAAGCGCCGGGAUGAGGAGCUUAUCUACCACAAAGUCACGGCUGCCGAGCUUCAGACCUUGGCACCCGCCAUCAACUGGUUGCCCUUUCUGAACACCAUUUUUUACCCAGUGGAGAUCAAUGAGUCUGAGCCAAUCGUGGUCUACGACAAGGAAUACUUAGGACAAGUCUCCACUCUCAUCAACAACACUGACAAAUGCCUGCUCAACAACUACAUGAUGUGGAACCUGGUACGGAAGACAAGCUCCUUCCUGGAUCAGCGCUUUCAGGAUGCUGAUGAGAAGUUCAUGGAGGUUAUGUACGGGACGAAGAAGACCUGUCUUCCCCGCUGGAAGUUUUGCGUGAGUGACACGGAAAACAACCUGGGCUUUGCCCUGGGCCCCAUGUUUGUGAAAGCAACCUUUGCGGAAGACAGCAAGAACAUAGCCAGUGAGAUCAUCUUGGAGAUCAAGAAGGCAUUUGAGGAGAGUCUGAGCACUCUGAAGUGGAUGGAUGAAGAGACUCGGAGAUCAGCCAAGGAGAAGGCGGAUGCUAUCUACAACAUGAUAGGCUACCCCAACUUCAUCAUGGACCCCAAGGAGCUGGACAAAGUGUUCAAUGAUUACACAGCAGUUCCUGAUCUCUACUUUGAGAACGCCAUGCGCUUUUUCAACUUCUCAUGGAGGGUCACAGCAGACCAGCUCAGAAAAGCUCCCAACAGAGAUCAGUGGAGUAUGACCCCGCCCAUGGUGAACGCUUACUAUUCACCCACCAAGAACGAGAUUGUGUUUCCAGCUGGAAUACUGCAGGCGCCAUUUUAUACCCGCUCUUCGCCCAACGCCUUGAACUUCGGUGGCAUCGGUGUCGUUGUGGGCCACGAGCUGACUCAUGCCUUCGAUGAUCAAGGUCGGGAGUACGACAAGGAUGGGAACCUCCGGCCCUGGUGGAAGAACUCGUCGGUGGAGGCGUUCAAGCAGCAGACUGAGUGCAUGGUGCAACAGUACAGCAACUACAGCGUGAAUGGGGAGCCCGUGAACGGUCGUCACACCCUGGGGGAGAACAUCGCGGACAACGGGGGACUCAAGGCAGCCUACCGAGCAUACCAGAACUGGGUAAAGAAGAAUGGAGCUGAGCAGACACUGCCCACCCUGGGUCUCACCAGCAACCAGCUCUUCUUCCUGGGAUUUGCACAGGUCUGGUGCUCUGUCCGCACACCCGAGAGCUCCCACGAAGGCCUCAUCACCGAUCCGCACAGCCCCUCUCGCUUCCGGGUCAUCGGCUCCCUCUCCAACUCCAAGGAGUUCUCAGAACACUUUCGCUGCCCUCCUGGCUCCCCCAUGAACCCUCAUCACAAAUGCGAAGUCUGGUAGGGGCUGAAGCGCAGAGAGCACGGACCACAGACGGAAGAAGGGAAGGGGCGGGCCAGCAGCCAGCUCCCAGCCCCUUGGCCUAGGGCCCCUCCCCCACCCUGGAGAGUGUGCAGCCAUCCUAGGCCUAUAAUGGAGGCUCAUCACUCGAAGCCAAGAUUUGACCCCCUGAAGCCCCGGCAUCCCGGACACCCUUUCGUGCGUGUGUGAUGCUAGUGGGCCUUUGGGUGUGUCAAGCUGGUGGCUUGCCAGCCUGGGCAUCACACUGACAAUGGCAGUGGGACAUGACUCCUUGCCCACAUCCAAUGCCAGAUACACCACAAUACCACUGUGUCAAAUGCUUUAAAGAUAUAUUUUUGGGGAGACUAUUUUUUAAGCAUUAUGGAAUACACUGGAAAUCUUCAGGGAAAAUGCAUUUAAAACACUUUUUUUUUUAAAGAAAAGAUUAGUAUAUUUAUUGUGUUCUCUUUUUUCUAAACAACCUGUGGACAAAGGAAACCCCACUGACUUACCCCAGGGGACCCCAGGCUGCUGAGACAGAUGGCUGCCAGUUUGAGCACUACUUUAGCCCAUUGUUGGUGUAAUCACUCGUGCAGUCAGGAGAUGUAGGGGGCCAGGCAGAGGGGGCAGCCGGCUGAGGGGCCUGGUUUGUGGGCAUGACCUUCUCAGCUUACCUGUCCUGUCUCUGGAGUCCAACCAUGGGAA